AUGGAAUAUAAGUAAUAAUAAGGCAAAGAAACAACUAUGAACUUAAAUAAUUUUUUUUCAACAUAUAUAGAAGCGGAAAUAGCUUUAAAAAAGAAGAUUUAAAUUUGUCAUAUAUAAUUCUAGACAUAAACAGGAUAUGGUUCAAAAGUUCAAUAUUAGAAAUAAUAUAAUUUUGAUAUAACAACCGGAAUCGAAUUAUUAUAAAUAGAAGCUAUCGAUUAUAAUAGAUUAAAUCCUAAUUUAUCAUUAGGUUCAUAAAAGUUUUUAAGCGAAAACAUUUUCAAAAUAAUUGAUAAUAUUAAAUAAAACGAAUAAGAUUUGUUUGAUUUCGAAAGAGACUUAACUUUGUUAUAUUAACCAUUUAAAGAAUAUUGCAAAAGAUUCAGUAAUAUUAGUUUAGAAAAGGAAAUUUAGUUUAAACCCACUCCCAUUAAGGUUGAAAAGCCAACUGAAUAUAAAUAAAUAGACUUAAGGAAUACUACAUUACAAGGAAUAGUAGAAGUUGAAAAGAACUCAUUUGAAUAUACUAAAUAUUUCUUUUUAUUAUUUUUCUUAACUAUCUUAAUUUGUAUGUUUUAUAGGGCUUAGUUUUUCGAUGAAAGGUUCGUAAAUGUUAAUAAUUUCAAUAGAGAACCUGGAUAUGAAGGAAAUUAAAACAUUGGAAAUAAUUAAAAUUCACCUGAAUAUAUAAAUGCUUAAUAUGUCAGAAAUUCAAAAAUAAGUAUUAUAACUAAAGUCUGA